ACCGAACUCAUGAGGCUUAAGACCAGACCCGACGGCAGCGUUUGUCUGACCAUCGAUUGCGCCAAACUAUCGGACGCCGGAAAGUACGCCGUCUUCGCGAAGAUUGGCAACAGAGGCGUCGGUUCAAUGUCUGUCGUCUCCGUCACGAAAGCGCCCGAAGAAGAGAAACCACAGGAAGAAGAAGAGGCGCCCGAAGAGGACCAACAAAUGGAGUUUAAGGACAAACUGCCCAAAGCCUUAACAGUAGUCGAAGGAAGUCCAUUGAAACUCGUGGCGAAGAUCGCCCGACGAGGCGAACGGAUUCCCGCAUUAAAGUGGACUAAAAAUGGGGCUCCGGUUGAAGAGUCCGAUCGCGUGUAUCGCGAGUCGACGCCCAACGGAACCGUUGCGCUGAAGAUCGACAGCGCUUUGCUAUCAGACGCCGGAAACUAUACGCUGAGCUUCAAGACAGCCGACGGUAUGAAGAGUUGCAACGUUGCCGUUCAGAUCACACCCAAAUCGACUAUAGAUAAGCCGGUCUUCAUUAAAGGUCUGUCUAGAAUGAGCGCAGAGGAGGGAAAGUCGUGUCGAUUGGAGUGUAAGGUUUCGGGAGAUAUUGAAACAAUCAAUUGGUUUAAAAAUGGAGAGAAAAUAUCGGCGAACCAACACUUCGGGUUCGUUAGGGAUUCGGACGGAACUCUGGCUCUACUCAUAGAUUCCCUUAAAUCCGAUGAUUCGGCCGAAUAUUCUGUGGAAGUGGUGAAUAAGAGCGGAAAGGCUGACACCUCUGCCGCCCUUAAAGUCGUACAGAAGGCCAAAGAAAAGCCAAUAUUUUUGGAGGAAUUGAAGCCAAUUAUGUCGAGUGAAGGAAAUCAACUAAUUUUGAAAGCCGUCUAUAAGUCAGACCUUCCGGCGACCGUUAAAUGGAUGAAAGAUGGCUUUGACCUGAAGGCCGAUCAUAGGAUUCAAAUACAUGAGGGACCGGACGGUACGGUCACUCUGACCAUAGAGUCGGCCCUUAUGGACGAUAGCGGGAAAUAUACGGUUUCGGUGAUCAAUGAUGAGGGAAGA